UUAUCUGAAAGGUUCUUCAGGACAAGAACGAAACUCACUUAUAUUUUAUAAGUUCACUGCUAAUUGUUUUCGAAAAUGAGCGACGACGAUCAGAAAACGGAAAUCAUCCGCAAGGCCUUCACCAUGUUCGACACGGGCAAAACGGGCUUCAUCGAAACCAUAAAAAUCGCCACCAUCUUGAACACCAUCGGGCAGCUCUUCGACGAGACGGCCCUGAACGAGCUGAUCAUUAAGAACGAUCCCGACAAGACGGGCCAGGUGAACUUCGACAGUUUCUACGAGAUCGUCUCGCCGUUCCUCGAGGAGGACCUCGACGAGGCCGAGACCCAGCAGGAGUUGAAGGAGGCUUUCAGGUUGUAUGAUAGGGAGGGCAACGGUUAUAUCACCACUGGUACGUUGAAGGAGAUCCUGGCUGCUUUGGAUGAUAAUUUAACCAGCAGGGAUUUGGAUGGAAUCAUCGCUGAAAUCGAUACCGAUGGGUCCGGUACCGUCGAUUUCGAUGAAUUCAUGGAAAUGAUGACUGGUGAUUAGGCGAUUCAAUUUAAACAUUACAUGAUUAAUUGUAAAUAGUAUUUUUAACGAAAUUCCACUUAAUGAUAAUUAAAAAAAAAAGCAGUGAUAUUCUUUAGUUUUAUUAUUCUUUUACUUAAGAGAAAAAUAAAUUUUUAUUUUCUAUUUAA